UUGGAAUGUUCAGUUAGCAAUGGAGGGAGUAGCCAUUUCGUAGUCAACUCAGACAUUUGAAAUCAUGAACCAUACUCAUCAGUUCUAUUUAUAAAUAUUAUACUGUGUUUUGUGACUGCAGUGUUUUUAUACUUGUCCAAGUGUUUCCAAACCAUCAAAAAUCGGUGAAGCUCACCAUUGACGGCAGAAAGCAAGUGAGUCAGUGUUGUACAUCUUUAAGGCGUGGCCCACUUUGUAUAAAUAGUCCAUACUAGGACUAUUUAUACAAAGUGCUCUCUCAGUUUAAUUGCUAUGGCAGCUACACGAAAAAAAUUAGUUAUUGUUGGAGAUGGUGCUUGUGGUAAAACAUGUUUGCUCAUAGUCUUCAGCAAAGAUCAGUUCCCUGAAGUCUAUGUACCGACCGUGUUUGAAAACUAUGUAGCAGAUAUUGAAGUUGAUAACAAGCAAGUUGAGUUGGCUUUAUGGGAUACUGCUGGCCAAGAAGAUUAUGAUCGACUGAGGCCACUUUCCUAUCCUGAUACCGAUGUCAUCUUAAUGAGUUUUUCAAUUGACUCUCCUGAUUCAUUGGAAAACAUACCAGAGAAAUGGACACCAGAGGUCAAACACUUUUGUCCAAAUGUUCCCAUAAUACUAGUUGGUAAUAAAAAGGACUUGAGGAAUGACCCUAACACCAUUAAGGAACUGGCAAAGAUGAAACAAGAGCCAGUUAAACCCGAAGAAGGCCGAGCCAUGGCAGACAAAAUUAAUGCCCACGAUUAUUUGGAGUGCUCAGCCAAAACUAAAGAAGGGGUCAGACAAGUAUUUGAAACUGCCACAAGAGCUGCUCUUAUUAAUAAAAAGCCUAAGAUGCAUCGCAAAUUAUGUAGACUUUUAUAGACUUAAAAGCUCAGUGAGCUUUAUACUAAAAGUGAAGUAUUAUUUACAAACAAGAAUUAAUUGUUCUAUGCUGUUGAGUUGUAUUUAUGUAUAAAAUUCUUAACAUCGAAGUGUUUACAUAUUAGGAUCAUUUUAAUAUGGUUUCUUGCAUGCAACUUGAUACUUGAAAUUUCUUAAAUGCUAAAACUAGAAAAUUUCACAACCUUUCAGACUUCGCUAGCUUCUGUCUAUCUACGCUUUUGAUCUGUAGCGCUAAAGAGAACUGUGGGAGACUAAAGUUUUAAAGAUCAUGCAUGAAUGUCGUAUAACUAUCAUGUUUGUGAUUUAUGAUAGUUCAAUUACACGACAAUCUUACCUAUAUUAUAAUUUAUUAAAAGAGAUUUUUUUUUUUUGUAUUAAAUAUUUAUUUCAAUUACUUUCCAAAUUCAUGCAUAAUUGAUUUGUUUUUAUCAAGACCCAAUCUCUAAUACUAGUUUAUUUUUUUGUCUAAAUAAAUAUGUAACCUUUAUAGUAACUUAAAAUAAGUUUUUUUAAUGUAUAUUAUAAAUGAAAAGCGUACAUUUAGAUUACAUUGUAAUUUAUACGAUUUCAUCGUAUAAGUUGUAAUUUAAGUACUUGAUCUUCUGAAAUUUAAUCGCACAAGAACUCUCUCUGUUUACAUAUUUUUAUGUUUAUGUAUUGAUAUAUAUUUUAACUAUUGAAUAAAAU